AUGGACGAUUCUGUCGCCAAAGUUCAAUCUUCUGCUUCUUCUGGCAGAUCAGCUACAAGGCUUCUGCGGUAUCCUCUCCGAUCUGCCAACAAAUCCAAGGAGGAGAAGCCACCGCUCGUUGAUUCCUCAAACUCAUCUGCCCAUAACAGGGGAAAGCUUGCAUCAAGUGUGAGUAAAAGUGUUAGUGUUCUUGAUCUGUCUGACAAGAAGGUGGCUGCCAAGCCACCAAGAAGGCUGUCUGUUCCUUCCAAGCCAACCGCCAGCCCUGCUCCAAGAACUAUUGGCAAUAUCACUCCAAUUUCUGAGACGAGGGCAAAGAGAUCUGCCAGCAAACACGGGACAAGUAGUGAUACACCAGUCUCUGAUGUUUCGAAAUCAUCAAGUCGAAAGAAAUUCAGUGUUCUAUCAUCAGCCUCUUAUUGGCUGUCUCAGAUUAAGCUCUCUGAAUCUGCUGCUAAGCAUUCAAUUUCACUAGGUUUCUUUAAACUUGCUUUAGAGGCAGGAUGUGAGCCUUUGCAGCGAAUGAGGGACGAGCUAAAAUCAUAUGUUCACUCCCAUAACCUUUGUGAACUUGGAGAACCUUUGAGAGAACUAUUUGACAGCUAUGAAAUUUCAGAGAAAUUUGAGCAGUCAAAUGUCUCUGAUACCGGUUCUCAAAUGCCUGGAGAAGGAAAUAACUCAUCUGAUGGAGAUGUUAGCUAUCCUUCUUCUGUAACAGAUUCUGAGAAGCCGAAGCCCAAGGCACUGGACAUUGAUGUUGAUGUAAAUUGCCAAGUUAAAAAACCAAACAAGGAAACGCCUCAGAUGAAUGACUCUUUAAAGAGGAGCAGAAGAUCAGUCAACAAGAAUGUGACAAGCGCAAAGUCUCCUUCAGAAGUUCAGAAUCACAGCACUCAAAAGAAACCCCAAAAACCAACAAAGCAAGAUGUUACUAAAAAGGGGAAGGUGAUGAAACAGGGAAAGAAGUCUGAUCCUGGAGAAGGUCCCCUUAACACUCCACCAGAAGUAUCACUUCAAGAAAACAAAGAGAACAUGGCUGCUUCUCAGAUGGAAGAGAUCGGAUCGACUGAUGUUCAAACUACAUCGUAA